AUGAAGUAUCUCGCUCUCACUGGCUUCCUCGCCGCUCAUGCGGCUGCACUGAGGAACGUCAUGUAUGUUGACCACCUACCAUCAAGUGAUCUUGUGUCAUCGGUGACAUAUGCCAUCAUGGCAUUCGCACCAUCGGAAAAUUUCAACAGCGGAAGCACAUUUACACCGUUUGAGUCAAUUAAUACCUUUAGAGCUCGUUUCCCCAGCACAACAAAGAUUAUGGUUGCUAUCGGAGGCUAG